AUGGUGGUGCCGCGCGAAAGGUGGAAGGCGACGGACUUUGUAGUGGACGACAUGGUGUACUCCAGCAUCGACGUGCUCAUAAUGGACGCCCUACGACACCUACAAUGCUUGGAGAAGGAUAGCACGCUCAGGCUGUACACCGCGUUCAUCUACCACUACAAGAAGUGGGCGGCGAAGAUGCUGAAGCAGAUACGCGACAAGCUACCCCAUGAGCAACGACUUCGGCACGUCGACGAGAUCGGCCACUACAUCCGCGACAACAAGAAAAAGGAUUGGUGCAACGAGAAACCCGGGGAGGAGAACAAUGCCACGCGAACGGGGCCUGUGAGGUCGACAACUGUGCACACGAUCCUCGGGCGCAUAAAGGCAUGCCAGAUGGCGGCGAGGGUGGAGGCGACGCUGUACCGAGAGAAGGAGCUGGGCAUCAUGAGGGAGAUCUCGGUGGUCAGAUCGGAGGUGCGGUUCAACGUCCGCCACAAGAACGAGAGGGACAUCAAGUAA